UUUGCCUUCUACAAUGAUUCACGGACCUAUGUUAGCGACGGACUAGAAGCAGCAUGUAUUGAAGAUUUCGGUUUCUGCAUCAUUCUGUCUGUCCACUUUACUGUCAUAAAGUCCGUCCAGCAAACAGAGAGGAUGUUGAGAAACAGAGCAGCGCAGGUUUUCAGACAGCUGGUUAGACACCAGUCUACAGACACCAGCCUGAUCCUGGAGAGAUCGAUUAACCGUGUCCAGCUGCUGGGCCGCGUGGGGCAGGACCCUGUCAUGAGACAGGUGGAGGGACGGAACCCCGUCACCAUCUUCUCCAUGGCAACCAACGAGAUGUGGCGCUCCGGGGACGUGGAGACGUCCCCCGCAGGAGAUGUCAGCCAGAAGACGACGUGGCACCGCGUGUCAAUCUUCAAGCCUGGUCUGAGGGAUGUGGCCUACCAGUAUGUCAAGAAAGGGUCGAGGGUUCUGGUGGAGGGGAAGUUGGAUUACGGGGAGUACGUAGACAAGAACAACGUCAGACGCCAGGCUACCACCAUCAUUGCAGACAACAUUGUAUUCUUAAGCGUCAACAUUCGAGGGCGGGAUCAAUGAAGGAAAUGGCACUCUUCAUCUAGGAGGAAGACGAGCUCUUUCUGUGUAGCUACUCUAGUGUCUAUAUAUUAACUGACUGUUGAAGGAGCUGUGUGACUGCUAUCUAAAUGGGACAGAACACAGUGUAACACCUCUCUGUUGACUCUAGAGAAUGAUAGAGGACUAUCUGUCCCAUUUAUGACGUCGGUGAGUGCACGGGCAGCGCCAUUGAGGCCAUCUCCAUUUUGAAGUAGUCAAUUUUCUUCUUCUACUACUACUGAGUUGGUAAACAAACUGAAAGGGUUCGUACUGCCACCUAGAGUGUGUUGUUGGAACAGGUAUAAACCCAUGGUUGGUGAUUUACUGCCACCUGCAGUUAUGGAAUGUUUGCUCACGAGUAUAAUUCAUUGGCUGAUGGCCUGGAUGGAAUUAUGUGAUCCUUCCUUAACCCAUAGGAGGUUACCAUCCAAUUGACUACUUCAAAAUGGUCAAUGUCCUCAAUGGCACUGCCCAUGCUAAAACAUGCUUAUAAGUAUUAAAGUACUCUAUCAUUCUCUAACGUGGUUACACGUAUGUGUUUUAGCCACCAACAUUUUUAUGUUACUAAUCUUAAUUUAUGCCCAUUUGUGCUAUUCUUGGUGGAGUACAACUAAUGGAACUGCGGUUCAAAGCAGGAUGAAUAGGAUCAUGCCUUAAAGGUGAUGACUUACGGUUGUUUUCCCAGAGAAGCCAAAUCACAGAUGAGAAAAAUAAAUGGUUAAUGUGUGACUGACAUAAGGCUGUACCCAAAACUAUGAUUGUGCCAGUUUCAUAUUGAAUGUUAUACCACCUGUUUUCUUCUAAGCAUGUCUUUCUGUUCUAUUUCAAAGAUAGUUUGAAACUUGUAACUAUUUGUUUAUUUUCGGUUUCAUUCCACUUUAAAAAGUGAUUUUUUUUCCCUUCCUGAAAUCACCAGAUUCUCACCUCCAUUCUGGCUUGGCAAAUGUUGUACUCAUGUUGUUUAAUGUACUUGUAUGUAUCAUGUAAAAUAUACAAUUUUUUCCAGAA